CUCAAAUGGCGGAGCAGAAAGACUUGAGAAGAAAUUUCAAAAACUAAAAUGACUUCUCAAAGCAUGAAACGGCCGUCGUCUGCUCGAAGGCACAUUAAUCUUGAAACAUUUAAUCAGUUUGUGAGUGGAGCACGUCUGGCCAAGAUUCAAUCAUUAUUAAAGGGGAAUAAUCCAGAUUCUAACAGUCCUGAAUCUAUUGUUUGUAUAACAGGUAUUGAUAGUCGUUACAAUGAAGGAAGUCAACAACUUGUUAAUUAUCUCCUCUUUGGUUUCUUCUCAACACGCAAACAAGAACUGGAAAGAUCUGGAUUCCCUGAAGAAGCUAUUGAUGAUCUUAUUAUGGUUAUAAACAGUAACAGUAUAGAUAUAUAUUGUAAUGUAAUUAACUACCACUAUCUAUUACCGUAUACCUGUCACUGGUUGAAUGUCCGAUACCACUGUCUUACUGAUCAGCAGGCUGAAGUAGAAGAAGCAGAAGAAGAAUUUAAAAUGUUUUCGUUUGUUACCAUGGUAAAAAAUAAAAACACUAUAGCUGUACCAUAUUUUCCUACAGGACAUGUUGGCAAGUUUGACAAGAUGGUUUUAGAGAAAUGGCCAUUAAUUCAGGCUUUUGCUCUGGAUGAGAUAGGAGGUGGUGGUUUCUUCACCAUGAAACAUGAGGUAGAAGAUAUUAGCAGUAAGGUCCAUGAAUUCUAUAGUCAUAUAGAUACUGUAUCACUGGAAACCAUUCUUACUCAGAAUUUACCACUACUAACAAGACAAUGGGACAAUAUGGAGACCAGGGUCAGUCUAGAAAUUUCUAGUCAAGUAGACAAACUAACAGAAAAUAUUGCAGCAGAGGCUUUAAUGAGUUAUUAUAAACAUGGUCAUAUGAUUGACUCACAGUCUCCAGAUUCUAGAUAUAAGUAUCCAUUUGUAUUAUUUGGUUGUCAUAGUAAUGAAUCUGAAAUAAAGAAAUGUAGAAAUGGUUUAACUGAAAACAACAAGAGUCUACUGACUUCUGGGAUCAACAAUGGCUCUCCUAAACUCAUGGUAUGUCAAGCAGUGUCUCCUAACAGUCCUGUAGUUUGUUCUAGAACCUACUUCUUUACAUCAAUACUGAAUCCUUUCUCUGUCUUCCCUAGAGGAUUGCCUACUGGGCUAAUUUACUGUCAUUCAAUGUUAUUUCUGAACAUCAGGAACAUCAGCAAGAUUAAACUAUUAUGGAAGCAAUGUGGGGUCACAUGCAACUCUUCAUUUAAUUCUACAGAAUGUUUUUAG